AUGUCCUACGCCCCAACCCAUCGCGCUCAAGUCCUCCCAGUCGCCUCCGUCUCGCCAUCUUCACGACCGAAACCAAAGCCCGCCACCCCAAAACCAGCAGAACCAUCAUUCAUCUGCACCAUAUGCUGGCAACCGCAGCAUCCGCCCCAGAAACCAAAGCUCCUGGGUACUUCGGCUCGCAUCACAUGUCGUGCUUGCUGGCAAGCUGUUCUGGAUCUGAGCAUCUGCUGGGUAUGUGGCGAGUACAUUGUCCGCGGUGAUGAGGUUGUUAGUCUUGGGUGGUGUUUCUGGCAUCGUGCUUGUUUUGGGUGUUUGGUUUGUGGUGCCGGGUUAACUGUGCCUAAAGGGUUUGAGGACGACGAGGAGGAGGAUUCAGGGGUCGUGGGUGAGGUUAUGGGGAAUAAGGGACAGUGGGGGAAUUGGCAGUAUGAGGAGAAGAAGGGGAGGAGAAGGUGUGUAGGGGUUGAGUUGGAGGAGAUUCCGCUUUGUAGUGUUUGCGAGAUUGAGACGGCUGGAGAAUCAAGGAACCAGGUUCUGCAGAGGGGGAUUGAGAUGGUGUCGAAGUUUGAUGGGGGCUUGAGUCGAGAUCGUUUGCAGAUGCUGAGCGAGGAUGGAAAUGAUCUGAGGGUUGAGGAUCGAAGGAGAUUGCAGAGUUCGAGAAGGUCAAGAGCAAAGACGUUUGAUGGACGACUCAGUGCGAAGUGUUCGAGGGAACAGCUAAGAGACUCACGCCACUGUCCUCAUGGCAAUGCUGACGACCAAACUCCUCUGCUUCAGAACGCUGCUCCAAUGGGAGUUUCAGACGAAUACGCCAAUCUCGAACCUCAUUAUCACAGCGAUUCCGAAAAACCGCAUUUCAGUGAUAUUAAACCAGAUGUGUUCGUUUCGAUCCUCGACCCUGUCAAAGAUCGACCCUUCAUACCGUCAAAGACGAAGUCUCAUCCACAAUGGAUGGAUUUAUUGCCCAACAAUGUGUUUCGUGGAAGGUUGCAGCAAUCUCAACGGCGCUCGAAUAGCCAAAGUAGACAGGAUUUGACAGAGAAACAUAAUUCAGAAACGGAGAAUGACAGCAAGCAACCUAGACGUGUACCAUCUUGGCAUGGAGCUGGUAUCCAGAUUGUACCGCCUGAUGAGCCAACCCGGGCAGUUGAUCCUACAUCCGGAGACACAACACCCAGGAAGCCAUCAAUAGAGGGUAAGCUCCCUUCGACACCUAAAUCUAUACCGAAACUUGACGGCCCGAGCACACCGGGAACUCCAGGAGGACCGCCGUCAAUGGAAGGUCUAACCAUUGGACUGCCCACCGGGAAGACCUCCUCGAGACGAGGAAGGCGGACAACUAUAUCCUUUGAUAGCAACAUAAAGAGAGAACGGUACGAGGAUCUCAAAGAUGCUUCGGCAACGUAUCAGCGAUCUCAACAUAUAGAGCCUGCACAAAGUCCCAUCAAAGAAUCUACAGCACCACCUCCACAAGAACGAACCCCAUGGCCGCCUCGGGGUCAAGAGUCUUCGGUGAAACCUAACGAUUAUUUCACAAAUAUUACAACUCCUGUGGUUUCGAGGGAGUGGUGCUGCAAGUCACCCGUGAAGACAGAGAAACCCAUCACAAUACCUGCUACUGGCACGUUGGAUGAAGUCGCAUGCCCAGCUCCUGUGGGUCAAUUCAGUGUGCCGUUGUUGAGCAAGAGCUCUGAGUACCUAGAGCGAUAUAAACCACAAACUCCAAGACCCAAGGUCGAUAAGUAUGUUGCGAAGCCUCCACAGCCUAUAUUGGAGAAAUUGGGAAGAAGAAGGAGUGUGUUUGCGGCGGACGAAAUUAAUAGUCCUGACGCUAAGGUCGAGAUUCGUUCUCUCUUUGGUGAUAGAGAAGAGGGAGGUAAAACUGAAGGAGAGAGGAAAGUUAGUGAUAAGGGAAAAGAGAGAGUGGGUAAGAGCCGUGAAGCGUUACAGAAGGAGUUGGAGACUUUGUUUCGGGAUAGGCAGAUGGGCGUUUGA